GUGGCAAGGAUGGCUUAGCUCCGGAUGGCUUCGGCUCGGGCUUCCAGCCUCAGGGGAAUGGAGGAUUUGGUGGAGGGCCCGAAGGAGGGUUUGGCUACGGCUCCCAGGGCGGAUUCCCACAAGCCUACCCGCCGGCCAACUACGUGCCUGGGGAUAUGUCGUAUGGGGGAGGCUUUGGGGCACCCCCACCCCCACCGCAAGGAGCUGGCUAUGGUGGCUAUCCUGGGGGCUAUGACAUGUACCAGCAAGGCUUUCAGCAACCUCCCCCCGUUGCGAACUACGGUGGGAGCUUCAGCAGUUUCGAUGCAGGUCGAGGUCGAGACCUCGAUGGAAGAGACCGGGACAGCGGCCGCGACGGGGGCCGUGGCUAUGAUGGUGGCAGGAGUGACAGAGGAGCCGAUCGAGGCUCCGACAGAGGUGACCGUGGAAGGAGAGAUUAUGAUAGACCGGUUGGUGAUAGAGGUGCCAGGGACUACGAUCGAGGAGGCCGAGACUACGACCGAGGUGACAGAGGUGAUCGAGGCCGUGGCUUCGACGACAGGGCAGCCGACAGAAGAGGAGACAGCGGGAAGGGCUACGACUUUGGGAAGGGUGGGUAUGGCCGUGGCAUGCCGCUCCCCGAGCCCGUCGAGCUCCAGCUGAAGAACCUGCCUCUUGAUGCCACGGAGCCGGCGCUCCGGAGCCUCUUCGGGCAAAAG